UAGCAGCGCGCGUAUGAUUUCACAUCCUGGAAGCCGCAGUUCUAGGCCACAUACUUAAGCGUGCAUCAUGAGACCAACAGGUUUGUUGCUCCUCGCGCUGCUUCCGAUAUUUUCCAGCGUGGUCCUAGGCCAAAAGAAAAACAAGGGCUGGUUCCGCUCCUUGUCCACGGCGUGCGGAGACGUGUCCAUUCCGAAUGGCGUCGUCAAAUUGAAAGACUCCUUCACGUUGCAAGUCAAGUGCGAUCGUUUUUUCUACCCUUACGGCCCCAGCACCAAGGUCAUGUGCUUAAGGACCAAAAAGUUUUCUUCGCCUCUGCCGCAGUGCACUAAACCUGGCUGUCCACUGCCUGGCGUAAUCGAAAAUGGCUACUGGAAAACGGAGGCGGAGCACAGCGUCUUGAAAGUUAUUUGCAGCCCAGACUUUGAGGUGCACGAGACAGAAAUCAUCGUGUGCAAUGGGAAAAGUUGGAGCGCCCCCGUGCCUUUCUGCUACCCGAAAAAGCCGUCGUUGACGUGCGACCUGAGCUCGUCGGCGGAGGACCUUUGCGGCUGGCAGCAAGACGGGCAGUCGUCGGACACCUGGACCUUGCAGAGCAAAGCCAAUCCGUACAGGCUCAACAACACCGGUCCAGACAAAGACGACUCAACCGCCGAACUGGGCAAGUACUUGUACUUGGACAACAGCAUGGCCAUAGAGAAUAAAACAAUCGCCGUAGCUCGCCUUUACUCUCCAGUGUACGCGAAAAGCUUAAAAAACUGCUUUUCCUUUUCAUACCACAUGUUUGGCAGCGAAAAAAUAGGAACGAUUCGGGUUUACAUUGUAAACGCUGGUCAACAAGUUUCGAACACAACGCUGCCGAAAGCGAAUGUGACGGGAGACCAAGGCGACGCGUGGCGGCAAUUUUACUUCUCCGCCACCACAAACACCUCGAUACAGUGGGUGAUUGAAGCUGAAAUCCAAGACGUGGAGAACAUCUCCGUUAUUGCCAUCGACAACAUGAAGCUAAACUUCACUGACUGCCCCAGCGAAAAGAAACCGGAGUGGGAAUUCCCGAGUUGUAAAAAUCGAUGCACGCACAGCUUGGAGACAAAUCUGACUUUGUCCGUGUGCAGUUGCGCCGACAAGUGCACCAUUGAAGACAACUGCUGCUUUGACUUUGAGGUUUACUGCAACGCUGCAGACGAUGACGAGGAAGAAACGACAGAAAAGGCCUCAACAGCAAAGCCGCGUGCCACCUCGACUGCCACCACGAGGCCGACAACUGUCAAAGCAACAACCCCCAGUACAACAACUGUAAAAACCACUGCAACAACCAAAACCACGACAGUUGCUAAAAAAUUGAUCACCACAAUUGCUCCGAGAGCAACUACCAAACAGAUUCGUGAAAACAAGACGACGGUGGUGACGACGCCGCGGAGCAGCCCGCCGAUCGCGAGAACCACCACCAACACCACAACUCAAACCACCACCUCCCCCGUCAGCCCCAAGCCCCAUGAGUUGCCUGUCACAAAAAAAGAGGACGAGAAACCUUCGCAUUCGGGCUGGUUUUUCUGGAUUGUCGGCGUCGUCGGGGCAGUCGUGGUGGCCAUCGGCUUGCUGAAGUUUGUCUGCGGAAAUUUCCUGCGGCGGCGCCAAGUGUUGGGCGAAGAUGGCGAAGGGGUGGCCUUCAUCUCGAACGACGCCGACGAACCCCAACUCGACUUCACCCUCGCCACGCCAAAUAAUGUCAGAAAAUUCGAUUAUGAUGAACUUUAGGUGUGAAAAAGAGAAAAUAAUAAAUUUUAAUUCAUUUCAAAAA